UAAUUCCUCUCCACUAAUAAUUAUUAUCUCCACAUCAUUCAGAUUUAAUAAAUAAUUAACCAACAUGCUGGGCAUUGGGUAGUAAAAUCUCCCCUAUAAUUAUUUAAGGGUUAUUCUCUUAAAAAUUUUAAUUUCGUCAAUCUGACGAGUGACAACUGCACAUAUACACUUGGGAUUAGUGACAGAGAGAAACUGACAUUCAUGAAAUGGGGUCUUCUUCUGGAUCGAAGUCCAGCAAUGGCGACGUAAAAUUACUAUGUUUCGAAAUUGGCUACUUCAAUACGACGACACAAUUCAUUAUUUGCUCAAUCGGUGUCUUCAUAUUCUUCAUUUUAUAUGGCUACUUUCAGGAACUUAUUUUCACCCUGCAAGACUUCAAACCUUAUGGAUGGUAUCUCACCUUUGUACAGUUCAUCUUUUACUCAAUUUUUGGACUGAUUGAGACGCAGAUUCGAAAUGACCGUCAUAGAAAAAUACCGUUGAAGACGUAUGCACUACUUGCCCUUCUGACAGUUGGAACAAUGGGCUUCAGCAACGCGUCCCUUGGACAUUUAAACUAUCCUACCCAAGUCAUCUUUAAAUGUUGCAAACUUAUUCCUGUUCUAGUAGGAUCCGUGCUAAUUCAAGGAAAGAAAUAUGCACCACUAGAUUACUUUGCUGCGAUGAUGAUGUGUGUUGGCCUAAUAUGGUUUAUAUUGGCAGACUCUAAGCUUUCGCCAAUAUUCGACAUGAUAGGUUUGUUUCAAAUAAGCAGUGCCUUAUUUUGUGAUGCAGCGAUAGGAAACGUUCAAGAGAAAGCAAUGAAAGCUCACCAUGCAUCUAAUGCAGAAAUUGUCUUAUAUUCGUAUUUCAUUGGAGUGUUUUACAUUCUUCUCUAUCUGCUUGGUUCAGGAGAUUUCCUGCCGGCUUUCAAUGUGUGCCUUGAGCACAAAUUGGAAACCUAUGGGUAUGGCUUUAUUUUUUCACUCACGGGAUAUAUUGGGAUUCAAAUCGUACUACAAUUGGUCAGAACAGGUGGUGCGUUUGCCGCCGUAACAGUUACAACCUGUAGAAAAGCAGUUACUAUAAUAAUUUCGUUUUUAGUUUUCCAAAAACCCUUUAGUUUCCAGUACGUAUACUCUGGAGCGAUAGUAGUAGGAGGUAUUUAUCUUAAUUUGUAUUCUAAGAGUCAUCCAGAUUUUUCAAUUACAAAAUGGCUCGACGAAGCAAAAUUAAAAUUCAUACAUCGACAGUCUUACAAAAAAUUUGUUCAAGAUGUGUGAAAAUAUUUUUAUUUGGAUAGCUACAAUAAUUUUAAAAAAAUAGUACGAUUUGCAAUUUUAUAACUUUUGUUUUAUAUGUAUGUAUUAACGAAGCGGUACUGUAAUCUGUGAUACGUUCGAGUAAGACGAAUAAAUUUGUCUUCUUAGAAUUCCGA